AUGACUCGUGGCUUUCUCGGCACAGACCCACUGGACAACUCCUACAUCAAGAGUGUGAUCGCAAAGUACACAGCCAAGUACACCAGUCAGAGGGAGAAGGGAUGUGAGCCAAUGCGGCAACCCUCAAUACCCACACAUACAAUGUGCCGACGAUCCCAGGCUACUAUCAAAACUAGGAACGUGUUUCUCCCGACUGAGCUCAUCUUGAACAUCGCAGAUCAUUUGGAUCAUCACAAGGAUAUUCGAGCUCUGCUUUCCACGUUCCCACAUUGGUAUCCAAUGAUCCCGGACAGCUACUGGAGACGUCGAUUCAUUGACGAUAACCACCUUGAGAGUAAUAAUUUCCCAUCAGCGCAUGGUCUGGAUUGGCAGUAUGUCUAUCUUCAUAGUGACCGGCUGCCACAACCUUCAUUUGGGUGGCGGAAUAGGCAGCAUAUCCUGAGUCAACUUGAGGGUGUAAAAGAACGAUUCUUGCGGCGACUGAAGCAAAAGGGCAUUCAACAAUGA